AUGCAUUCUACUGACGUCAAAUUCUCAGCGUUCAACGCAUUAAUUUCGACGAUCAUUGCAUUGGCCACUUCUUUCAGACGAGUUCUCCUGAAACGUGGCGGUGCUCGAGCGUUUGGUCCUCGACUGAGUUUGGAUGAUUUCGAAUCGUAUUUGUAUCCAGCGAAACGUUUCGGUUCCCUAUCACCCUACUAUUUCUAUCAACAACCCAAACGUGGCGGAGGACGAUCCUUCAACUCAUAUUGGGAACCACCAAGCGGUUAUCCAAGGUAUCUAUCAUUCUUUUCGUCCACUCGAAUUUGUUUUCGAUCACUGGAUUUUCGAAAUUUUUUCCCAGUUUCUCUCAGUUAUUUCUCGUUCGGUUCAUUCCUAUUGCUUCGGCUCUUCGCUCGAGAUUGA